GCUUCUCUUCCCCUCUUCAACCGUCUCUCCUGCUCUUAAACCUUGAUCUGUGCCAUGGCAGACUGGGUUGUUGGCCCAAUCAUGGAUAAGAUCAUCAACGCUUGCUCUGUUUACCUGCAAGAUCAAUAUAGAUGGCAGAAGGGCAUGAAGGAGGAGCUCGAAAGGCUGCGAGAAAACCACCCUAAGGUCCAAGCUGUCGUUUCUGCUUCCACCAAAGCACAGAUCAGAGAUCGAAACCCAGCACUCAACAGCUGGAUCUGGCAGCUACGGGAUGCCAUCGAUGAGGCAGAUGAUGUUCUUGAUGACUUUGAGUACAUGAAGCUUGAAGAAGAACAACUGGAGCAGAACAUGGAGGAAACAAAGGUGCCUUCUUUAUUCACUAGAUUAUUUUCGGAACCUGCUAGCAAACUUCGCAGAGUCUGCGAACGAGCUCUCAAAAAGGAUCCCAACUUGGAGAGACUGGAGACAAUUGUGAAGAAACUUGAUAAAGUUUCAGCUGAGGUCAGCACUUUCUUUCCUCUCAUCGAAAAGGCAAAGCAGGAGCAGCAGGAGCUGGAGCUUCAGUUGUGCGAAGAUCGUAAAACAGGAUGCUUGCCUCAAAAUGAUUUCAUCGGUCGAGGCGAGGAGAAGGAUUUUGUUAUGCAGUGGUUGAGGAAGCCAACAAAUGAAGAUCCAACUCAUAUUGCUAGCCCUACUUUGUACAAAAACAUUUCUCUUCUAUCCAUAGUGGGUCAUGGUGGCAUGGGCAAAACAACUCUCUUACAACACAUCUAUGAAGAUCUUAAAGAAGAAUUUGAAAUGAAAAUGUGGGUUUGUGUUUCCAACGACUUUGAUGCAAAAAAGGUCAUUGCCGAUAUAUUGGAAUUUCUUAACAAGGAGAGGCCUCAUUUGGAUUCACUCGCUGCUGUUCAAGAGAGUCUUAAAGCUGUCGUGCAAUCCAAAAGGUUCUUGCUUGUUUUGGAUGACAUUUGGGAGGAAGAUAUGAGGAAAUGGGAGAAUGUACUCUCCCCUCUAGUUUACGGAGGUUUGGGAAGUAAAAUUUUGUUGACCACACGGAUGGAUUCUGUUGCAGCGAUGAUUUCGAAUGUGAUUAGAAAGAAGAAAGAAACAUUGAAAAUAAAAGGCUUGGAGGAAAAUGUGUGUUUGAAGCUACUCAACACCCAUGCAUUUGCUGGUGUAGAGAACUUUGGUGCUCAUAAAAAACUAACACAUAUUGCUAGUUUGAUAGCUAAAAAGCUUUCAGGAUCUCCGUUGGCAGCGAAGGUCAUCGGUGGUGUUCUCAAUUCUAGCUUGAAUGAGAGCUUUUGGAUGAGCAUUUUAAAUAGCCCUGAUGUUCUAAACGUAGAACCAGAACCGGGUCACAAUAACAUUUUGCCUAUUUUAAGAUUGAGUUUUAAGUUGCUUCGACAACCUCUACAAAAUUGUUUUGCAUUUUGUGGAAUAUUCCCACAAGAUCAUGAGUUUGAUAAAGAUGAUUUAGUCCGAAUGUGGAUUGCAUUGGGUUUCAUUCAGGAAUCUUCUAUUGAAGGAGAGACUUUGGAAGAUAUUGGAGGAAGGUAUUUUGAUGCUUUGGUCAGAAAAUCUUUCUUUGAGGAGUUUCAGGAUUACAAGGGAAUAAACUAUAAGAUGCAUGAUUUAUUACAUGAAUUGGCACAGUCUAUUUCUUCAGAGGAAUGUUUCAGAUUUGUGGGAGGCGAUGUUUUGUCUCUUAAAAUUCCUAAAACUAUUCGACACUUAUAUGUUAAAACUGAAAAUCUCGAAGUGCUGAGAAUGAUAAAAAAUGUUAAAAGCCUACAUUCACUUUUUCUUACAAGUAAAAGACAUGGCCAACAUUUUACUGAAAUACUUACCGAAAUUUUUGAAGCAUCGAGCAGGAUUCGUCUGUUGUUGAUACACUCUACAUAUCAGAAAAAUAUGUCUGAGGCUAUUAAAAAUUUGAGACAUCUUCGAUAUUUGAAGCUUACUGUUAAUCUCACCCAGAUGCCAAGAUCUCUAAGCAGUCUUUAUCAUUUGCGGUUCAUAAUCUGCAACAAGGUGGGUGGGGGACAUUGCUCUCAUGAUUUCUUGCCUGGCGAUGUUAGUAAUUUUUCUAAUCUGCGUCACUUGGAAUUGCGUGUCCAUGUGAGUUUGAGUUUACGUGGAAUUGGGAAAUUAAGGUCACUUCAAGAACUAAGUGAGUUUAAUGUUAAGAAUGAGAAUGGUUAUAGAAUUGGGGAGUUGAAAGAAAUGAGCGAGUUGCGCAAAUUAAAAAUAAAUGGUCUGGAAAAUGUGAACGAUGCUGCAGAGGCUCGCAAUGCAAAAUUUUGUGAAAAGAGAAAACUCACAGAUUUAUUCUUGAAAUGGAAGUCAGACAUGAGAGGCGGAAGCCUACGGAACUUUGUCAAUUCUGAGUUAGAUGUGAAUGUGCUUGAAAAUCUUGAACCAUACAAAAAUUUGAAAAGAUUAUCCAUAUUUUCAUAUGAGGGCGUAAAAUCUGCAAAAUGGAUGUACAAUGCCGAUUUGAUCUCCAAUUUAGAGUACAUCCGUCUGGACGAGUGUUCGGAGUGGGAAACUCUUCCACCUCUUGGGCAGCUUCUCCACCUCAAGUCACUGUAUCUUCGUAACAUGCCAAAAGCAAAGCGGCUUGAUUAUAAAUUCCAUCGGAAUGACAAGGUUUCUGUGUUUCCAUCGUUGGAGAUGCUAAAUAUGGAGGGAUUACAAAUAUUGGAGAAUUGGUUUGAUGAAGCAGGAGCAGCCGCAGAUGACUGUUUCUUUCCUUGCUUAACGGAACUCUUCCUUGAAAACUGCCCAAAUCUGCAGGAGUUGCCCUAUUUGCCUCCUAAGCUCAAGAAAAUGAAGAUACAAAACAUCGGAUGGAAGACUGCUUUGAUCUGCAAGCAAGAGGACCUUUUGUGUCCAAACAUCACAUCUUCCCUUUCUCUUGGUGGACUGCAACAAGCGGAGAGUAACAUUGAGAAAUUCCAGCUUAUUCUCUGUGACGUUGUUAUAGAUGAACCAUCCUUGUUGCCAACGGUAAAUAUCGCCUCGUUGGAAAUGCUCAGAAUUUGUAAUAAUGAUGUGCUGCAGUCUCUCCCUUCCUCCUUGGAACGUCUCUCUUCCCUGAAAGAAUUGAACCUUCAAUUUCUGAAAUCAUUGCAGUGUCUGCCAUCUUCUUUGCCGGUCAUCUCAUCCCUAGAGCGUCUACAGUUAAAAAGGAUUCCACUCCUCAGAUCAUUGCCAGACCUCCCUUCCUCCUUGAAAUAUCUGAAUAUAAAUAGUCUUGAUAACCUAGAGUGUCUGCCAUCUUCUUUGUCGGCCAUCUCAUCCCUCAGUCGUCUAUAUUUAGACAGCAUUCCGCUCCUGAAAUCAUUGCCAGACCUCCCUUCCUCCUUGAUACAUCUGAAUAUAUAUACUCUUCAUAACCUAGAGUGUCUGCCAUCUUCUUUGUCGGCCAUCUCAUCCCUCAGUCGUCUAUAUUUAGACAGCAUUCCGCUCCUGAAAUCAUUGCCAGACCUCCCUUCCUCCUUGAUACAUCUGAAUAUAAAUACUCUUCAUAACCUAGAGUGCCUGCCAUCUUCUUUGUCGGCCAUCUCAUCCCUCGAGGAGCUACGGUUACGUACAAUUCCACUCAAAUCAUUGCCAGACCUCCCUUCCUCCUUGAAAUAUCUGCAUAUAAUUAGGCUUGAUAACCUAGAGUGCUUGAUAACCUACUGCAUAUAA